AUGCUUCACACUCCCAAGUUUCUGAUAGUGAAGAGUUUAGAUGCAAUACAAAUGGAGAAUAAUUUGAUAAACCACUUCAUCUUCUCCAGUGCAGACAACAGAAACCCAGCCUCCCACACCACAGGAAACAAGUACGACCAGCUCAUCAUUGAACUCUUCUUGCCCAACAGCAAAGAACCUGUGACCAGAACGUCGCAAAAUGGAAUUGCAGUGCACUACCAAGCACAGGAAAAUAUUUACUUUGAGAAUAAUCUUUACAAUGUGCAUCACCAGAGAAGUGGCUUGCAUGCUGAUACCAUCAUGCUUCCUUGGGUAGCCUUCCCAAGCCUCAUACUACUUUGGGCAGAUGUUGUUGUUUCUCAGACACGCGUGACUGGAGUGGUGGGACAAUCUGUCACGCUACCCUGUGGCUACUCAGCAUCUCGUGGAAUCACACCCAUGUGCUGGGGCCGAGGGUCAUGCCCUUUAUUUAAAUGCUCAAAUGAACUCAUAAUGACCGAUGGCUACCAUGUCACCUUUCAGAAGGACAAACGUUAUAGGAUGAAUGGAAUCAUUUCUAGUGAGGAUUUGUCUUUAACCAUACAGAAUGCAGCCCUGUCUGACACUGGCACCUAUUGUUGCCGUAUUGAGUUCAAAGGGUUGUUUAAUGAUUAUAAAGAAAAUAUAUUUUUGGAGAUAAAGCCAGCUCCAACCACUGCUCCACCACCACCUAAGGUCCUCACUUCUGCUCCUACAACUCCAGCGACCACGAAGAACCUCAAGAGAGCUCCACCUAAGGUCACCAGUGUUCCAACUCCACCUAAGGUCUUCACGUCUGCUCCUACAACUCCAGCACCCACACUGAACCUUCAGACAGAAACCACCUCAUCUUCUCCAGUGCAGACAACAGAAACCCAGCCUCCCACACCACCGGAAACAAGUACGACCAGCUCAUCAUUGAACUCUUCUUGCCCAACAGAUGGGAAUAGCACUGUGUCACAACUUUCAGAUGGCAGUUGGCAAUGGAAUAAAACUCACACGGACUUGAAACAAAAUCCAGGCUCCAGCACCAAUAAGUCAGUCUCCAUUGGACUCUCCAUUAUUGCCAUGGUAUUAUUGCUCACUAUUUUGGCUGCCAUAGUUCCCGCAAAAUAUUUAUGUUGGAAAAGAAAGAUGUUGCAAAGAAGCAAAGAACCUCAGACCGCAACUUCGCAAAAUGAAACUGCAGUGCACUACCAAGCACAUGAAAGUAUCUACUUUAAGAACGAGCUUUACAACGAACACUCGCCAAUAAAUGUGAUUUCUGUUUUCAUUUUGAAAACUGACUUCCUUUCUCAGGCUCAUCAGUUGGGGCCUGGCAUCUUCAACUUGUGGUGGAUUCCCAGAACAAGGGCAGGUGGGGCAAGAUUUGAGAGCCAAGUGUGCCUGGCAGUCCGGCUCAGCUCCAAUGUCGCCUCGCCAGUCCUGCGGGACCUCAUACCCAAGGCAGAAUUAGCCCUGGGAACGCUUCGUGGAGCCCUCUUCAGCGACUGGACGAAUAUGCCAGGCAUGGUGCUAUUGCCCAGCUUGAAUCAUUCUGCAUGA